GGCAAACGAUGAAGAAAACAUGCUAAUGUUGUGAGUUUGGAGACGAUGUUCACCUUUCUGAAGACGGCGCGUCUGCACGAACCACCCCGUCCGGUUUCUUCAUGGCCCCGGCUCGUUGUGUGUGAACGAUGCACGCCGCUGCUUUUGGAUCCUGUUGUUACUUUAUGAUGAGAAGGGAGGUCUGGAUCCGAGAGGUCGAGCAUAACGGAGCACAGCUGACAGGCGGAUCGAGCGCGGGACCUGGUAAACACACGGUCGCAUGUUGUGUGUCCGAGUCAGGGAGCGAAUGACAAGGAGAACAUCUGCGGGAGCUUGGGACGGCCAGCCAGACAUCCGAGGGGAAAGCAGGUGGGCCAGAGAUGGGAAAUGAUACCGCACUGCUCCAAAUUCAUCCGCUUGAGCGAAGGAGGAUAGCCCUUCAGGCAAAAUAUCCUCGGAGAGAAGACGGUGUUUGGUAAACGCUGAUAUAACGCCCGCAAGACACACCGUUUUACUACGCUGCAUCCGACUCUCUUAACAGUGCCAGCGUUGGUUCAGUUGGUGCAGGCAGCCUUGUUAUUCCUGUUUCAUCACUUUUGCAGAAAAAAAAAUGUCCUUCACAAUGGAGGAUAAUUUGGAGUCGGGGUGGGUGGCUGUUCGCCCGAAUGCAUUUGAGGAGAAGGAAAAGCAUAAAUUCGUGUUUAUCGUGGCCUGGAAUGAAGUGGAGGGUAAAUUUGCCAUAACAUGUCAUAACAGGACUGUGCAGAGGAGAAGCUUUGGUAGGGAUCCUCUGGUGGAGGCGACGAGCCAGGAUGGGGACAAAACAAAAUGGCCCGAAAGUCCCGUCAGGGAUAAAGUAGUAUCUAGGAGCCCUGGUAAAGGAGCCAGGGAGGCUGCGAUUAAAGGCUGCAGCCCUAAAACCAGGUCCGUGAUUGCAACGAAACCAAGUCCUGUCAAAAUUCAAACUGUGAUCAAAUCUGCUGCAUCUCCCGUUAGUCCCGAAACCGAGGUGUUGAGAUCACUAAGAGAGGACCAGGUGUCCCCCGUACUGGACAGCCUGGACCUGGAGGAGCUGGACACUCUGAGCAGAGAGGAUUGCAGCUGGGCCGGGCUCUUCUCCUUCCAGGACCUGCGGGCCAUCCACCAGCAGCUGUGCUCGGUAAACUCGGAUCUGGAGCCUUGUCUCCCGGUGUUUCCGGAGGAACCAGCCGGGAUGUGGACGGUGCUGUUCGGCCCGGCGGAGGUACCCGAGAACGAAAUGGAUGAACUGUGCUACAGUUUACAGGUGUACCUGGGCCACGCGCUCGACACGUGUGGGUGGAAGAUCCUUUCGCAGGUUCUGUUCACGGAAAGCGACGACCCAGAUGAGUACUACGAGAGCCUGAGCGAGCUGAGGCAGUCCGGGUACGAGGAGGCGCUCAACCGCUCAACCAAACAUCUGCAUGAGCUGCUGGAGAAGCACAAGGCCAUGGACAGUAUGGUGGAGCUGUUGGAGCUAUAUGAGGAAGAAGACCAGGCCUAUGGAGGUCUGCUGGAGACCUCCACACAGCUGUACCAGUAUCUGCUGCAGCCUUUCAGAGACAUGAGGGAACUCGCAAUGCUACGCAGGCAGCAGAUCAAGAUUUCCAUGGAGAACGACUACUUGGGCCCAAGACGGAUUGAAGCUCUCAAAAAGGAGGACUCUGACUGGCAGAAGAAAGCUCAGGAGGCGGUCCUCAACAUCCAAGAGUUUACUGUAAAAUACUUUGAGAUCACUGCCAGAGCCCAGAAAGGGGUGUAUGAGCGUAUGAAGGUGGACCAGCGCAAGUUUGGUAAAUCUUCAUGGACAGCGGCAGUGGAGCGCAUGGAGAGACUGCGCUAUUCUGUCGCCAAGGAAACCCUGCAGCUCCAGAGAGCCAGGGAGAUCUGUCUGGAGCAGAAGAAACACACACUUCGAGAGGAGAUGCAGAGUCUGUGUAGCAGUGAGGACGCGAUUGCCCUCUUAGACCACAUGGAGACACAGUACUAUGAGCUCCAGCUCCAACUGUAUGACAUCCAGGCAGAUAUACUACAGUGUGAAGAGCUGCUCCUCACAGCACAACUAGACAGCGUUCGCAGACAGAUGACAGAGCGUCAGGAUGAGGUGGUGUACUAUGACACCUUUGAAAAUGCAGAUGAUAUUACAGAGGAUGAUACUGCAGAGAGGGAAGAGCUGCGCAGACUUCAGGUCAGCGCUCGACAGCUGGAGGCAAGAAGGGGGCGCAUCACUGCCAAACGCUCCUAUCUGAGGAACAAGAGGGAGAUCUGCGUGUCCAACCACAAUCAGAAACAGCAGAAACGUCAAACCAUCCACAAAGACUCCAUAUCCCACCAGGUCUUAAAGAUGAAAAAUGAAGAAGAGGAAGAUGAGGAAAGAAAGAGCAGCAGAGUAAGUCAGGAGAGGCAGAGAACUCUGGACAGACUACGCACAUUCAAACAGCGGUACCCAGGUCAGGUUAUUCUGAAGUCCACUCGACUACGCGUGGCCCACCCCAGAAGAAGAGAGCGAGGAAGGAGCAUGGAAAUGAGUAGUGUGAGUGAGAGGGAGGAGUGUGUGGACUCUGUCUGCGUCCAGACGCAGGGCCAGCCGCUGUGUCUUAGUACUAGCGUGCAGACGGACCCCAGCCCCGGCUCCACACUCACCACUCAGCCUGUCACAGCUCUUACAGCGUCCCUUCCUCCUCUGCCUGUGCCCAGUCCCGCAGACUCCUCUUGCUCCCCCUGCUCUCUAUCCUCACUGCUGUCAUCCCCUAUCUCCCCUCCUCCUCCACCUCCCCCUCCACCUCCCCCACCAAUGAGGGAGGAGCUGUCGCCUACUGGGAGCCCAGCUCGGCAUGGCCAGAAAGCUGAGGGGAAGACUGCAGCAGAAGAUCUCUCCCUCUCCCCACUCGGCCCAUUCAUUCCUCGCUUCUUUGAUAGCAGCCAACUGUUGAGCGCCCGGAAAAAGCUGAGGAAGACUCCAGAGUUUGAUGCCCACAGCAGAAGAGUUAGCUCACCCAUGGACGAGGUGCUGGCCUCCCUGAAAAGAGGCAGCUUCCACCUGAGGAAGGUCGACCAGCGGUCCCUGCCUCCUGCCAAGGGUGACGAUGAUCCCAACAGCAUCCUGGCUCAGAUUCGCAAGGGGGUCAAAUUGAGGCGCGUCCCACAUAAAGAGAGAAAAGACCAGGGAGACCUUCCAGCCUCCACCGACCCCCUGACCAGGAGCAUACAUGAGGCACUGCGCCGCAUCAAGGAGGCCUCACCAGAGUCUGACUCGGAUGACGACGGGCUGGCCGGUCCUGAGUGGGAAAGCUAGGGCUCAUGGCUCAACAAAUAACACACACACACACACAACACACACACACACACACACACACACAAAUUCCUGCAUCCUCUGGCACUGCACACACUGUACUGUACUGCAAUGUAGAGAGCUGCGCUGUACUGUAAACACACACACAAACACAUACAGUUACUCACUCCCUCACAUUCAAGUACACACAGCCCAGUCACAUGUGACUAUGCCAGGGCCUGAGUCAUACUGAAUAUCAUCAACUCACCAAAUGGUCCAAAGGUCUGUGGUCAAUCUGUUCAUAUGUUUUUCACACUACAUUCACCACCAUGACGGACAUAAUUUGUGUCUUUAUUUCUACUAUAUGUCACUGGUUUUAUUCCUGUAAUCAAACUGUAAUGAUGCCAUGUUUAUUGUUUAUCAGUUGUACUGUUGAAAAGCUCUGCACUGGCCCCCUGUGGCCACAUUACUAUUCAGAAACAGCACAUAACACAUUUUACACCAACACACUACACUGACAGUUAAACUGAAAAGCUCGCACGGACAGGAGCGCUGAGAGGUGUGUGAUCUUUUCCACCCGUCCCGAAGCAUUAGAAAUGAGAAACUGAGAAAAUUAGAACUGAAACUCUAACAGAAAAUAUGAGGGUAUGGUUGGUAACUUGGGAUCAUGAAGGAGACUGAAAAACAAAAUAGAAGGUUAUGGAAUCAAGCAUCGCCUCUCUUCUGUCCCACACUGCGCUGCACAGCUGGUGUUGCCCCGUCACAUGUGGGUGUGGUAGUGUCAGACAGUAUAAGGACCACUGCUUGUCUAAUCUGACACUGCACAAAUACUUUAAGUCCUUUAGUCAGUUGCACCACAUUCGUGCCCCCCACCCCCCCCUGCUCUUGUCCUCUUCCGGCCUAGUGGGGGAAUAUGUAUCGACCCAUCUGUUCGACCGCGGCAUAUGGCCGGGCUGGUGGGAGAUAUGCAGAGUCACUAUAGGUUUAUCAUUUGGUGCCACAUGUAACAAUAUCUCUGUCCUGAAGCUGGUCACCUAGAGUAGGAGAGGAUCGGAGGAAUGGUCGUCAGCGGGGGGUGAUAGAGAGUUUCUUUAGGCCACAGUUAGUGUCAGCAGUCUUAGUGUUAAGUGUGGGCAGACUUGUUCAGUGAGUCCCCAAACUUUGUAUGUGGGAUGGUCACGGCAGAGCUAUGAAACCGGUCACGCUUGUUUGAAUGAUGGAUGGCACGUGGGAGGCUAGUUUCUCUCAGAGCUGCGGGGAGCCACUGUGGGCUGUGGAGCAGGCGGUCGUGAUUGAUGCGGUUUCACCUGCCAUCUUAUUCGCUUUCUCUCCUCUCCUCUGCUGCAUCUUUACCUAACUUCUUUUUCUCUGCACUCAGUGGGCAGAACCACACGGUAGGAGGUCUGUUACUCACAGUGCUGGAAGUGAGAACAUACUCGUGCACACAUGGCCUCACGCAUUAAACUCACAGCCAGAGUGAGUCCACAGCCUCUACUCUUAAGUCUUCUUUUUCUUUCUUUCUUUCUUUUUUUUUUAAGAAAUGGUUGCAGCACUUUCAUGACACAUAAUACACAUUCUGAAUCACUUUAUCUGUACAGAAACAACAUUUGUUGUAUUUUUUUUAUCACUGGUGAAACAUUAUAUCUGUAAUAUUUGAGUAAGUUUAAAAGCACUGAACAUGUGGAAUUGGACCUUAAAAAAAGUAUGAUGUAAGGACAAUGUGGUGUAACAGCACAGGAAUUCACACAAACAUACGUUAACAUGAAGCAACAUGAAGAUGUGGAUUCAUAAACUGAGCUCUGACUGUGGAGCAGCCUCAGCAUGCACUGUCUUAAACAGCUUCGAUGCAAAGAUUUGUGCUUUUUUCUCUUGUGCUUAUGUUGAGAGCCAUUCAUAGAGGUAGAGGUAGAUGUCACAUUAUACAGCUUGAAAAUAGCUCAGUGCUAAAGAGGGUUUAUUAUUUUUCCGGGCAGAGCAAAUCUGGGGCACUUUUACAUUCUGUCAGCACAAUGUUCUUCCGUGGUACUCUCAUCAUGUAGCAUGAGACAGAGCUCUAACCCUGACCUGACUCUUAACUUAGACCUUACCUAGACCACGCCUGACUCGAUGUCACUAGAACUGACUCACAAAGUUUCCCAAAAGAUGUUUGUGCUAAGGUUCAUGUUGCUCCACUUAACAGUGACCAACAUUGUGCUCAAAGCUUUUGGGAAACUGGGCUCAGAAGGUGACACCUUUGCCAUGAACCAACUAUCACCUGACUAACCUUAGAAAACAGACUGACCUUUAUCUAUAAAUAACCUUAGCACCGCUUGUUUGUCAGCCAACUGCGCAUUGCGUUUCAUCGCUUUGUUUGUAUCCUGUUUUUUUUUUGUUUUUUUUUUUCCAAAGCAUUUCCAGCCAAAUUCUUUUGUGAUGUGUUAGCUUUUAAACAUUUCCUAUGUGGACCGGUUACCCACGCUGGCUUACUAUAAAUGACCCUCUGUAUGAAUAAGCAGUCACUUGAAAAGUGCAAUAUCAGUAUAGAGAAAUACAAAAAAAAGGGAUGAAACAACUUCAUGGGUGAUAAUGAGUUCAGAUUGAUCGCCUAAAACAACAGACUUAUUAAAGAUUGCAGUUGUUUUUACACAGAAGUGUAUAGACAUACUGUUCCAAGAAUACCCUUUUGCCUUUAGUCCUACCAUUUUCAUUUAUUCAGUUUUU